GUAUUACAACGAAAAUUCGAAGAGUUCUUAAAAGAACUUGGAAACCAUCAUUAUCGCAUAACCGAGGUGAAUCAGGCAGCCGACAAGCUCAUAGAGGAGGGUCAUACAGAACACGAAACUAUCUAUAAGAAGAAGGAUGAAGUCAAUGAUGCUUGGCAUCGUCUUAACACACUCGCUGCAACGAGACGUGAGGGACUGUUUGGUGCGCAUCAAGUUCAACGUUUCAAUCGUGACAUCGAUGAAACUUUGGCGUGGAUCGGUGAGAAGGAUGCGACUCUAUCAUCAGAUGAUUAUGGUCGUGAUCUGAAUAAUGUUCAAGCUUUACAACGCAAACAUGAAGGAACUGAACGCGAUUUAGCCGCCUUAGAUGCUAAGGUAUAUCCACUGUUCGCAUUGCUUAUUAUCCAUCCAAUUAUUCUUGCAGUAGAUAUUCUGAAAACCAUAAAAUAUUCAACUUGA